CAUCGUUUCCACCAGUCCUUACAGAUGACAUCCCAGGGCCUCUCCUGGCAUAGAUGAAACGAUAUGCUGAUCUAGGUAUAAGGGUAGGCACGCGUAUUAAGCUAGCGCGGCCUUGAUGCCUCAUGCAUUCCCUGCCUGGUUAGCUAGUGGAUAACAAGUAUGGCCAGCACCACAUAUGUCGAAAACCAGGACGACGAUUUCCCGAUCCCAUCGCAUCGCGUCGUGGACAACUACCUAGCGACGUACGCAGCCACGACCAUCCAGCGAUGGUUCCGCGGUUACCGCGUAAGAAAGGAGUACCUUGCAAGGCGCGCCCGCAUCCGCAAGGUGGAGUUGGAAUGGGCCACCCACCACGACGCCACCUACCGCGUCCACAUGGCUGCUCGGGUCAUCCAGACCGCCUGGCGCGGCUUUCGAAACCGCCGCAUCUUCGAUUACUACCGCGACCUCAUCCGCUUCAGGGAGCGCGGUGAUCCUCGUGAGCUGCUCCGAGUCAUCAACCCACGUGAGGCAGGUCUGGUGGACGCAGCUUCGGGCAUCCACGUGCGCUUCCGACUGGGCGGCACCACCUUCCCGCCGCUGGUCUUCUACAAGAUCUUCACACACCGACCCGUCACGGAUAUCGGCGCGUUCGGGCCGCGCGACUACGCGCAUGAGAUGCGGCUGACGGCGGCGGAGAUACAUAACAAGCCGACGGCAGGAGGAGCAGCAGCGACAGGAGGGGGUGCAGGGAGCAUGGCGGCGGCGGUGGCGGCGGGUGCGGCGCGGCGGGAGAAGAAGCGGCAUGACUUUAAGGAAGGGAACUUUGAGAUUGAGGCUUCGUUCAGGGAGUACAUCAAGCCCGACGGCAGUAUCGGCCUGCGUGACGUGUCGGGCUGGUACGAGCGUUACGAGAACAACGGCUGGCGGCCGGUGGCGGAGCGGGUGCUGCUGGACGAGGACCCCGUGACCACCAUGACGCGACUCAAGCGGCAACCCAUGUUCCACUACAACCCGGCCGUGCGCAGGGAGCAUCGGGCACGGGUGGCCAAGCAACGCAAGCGCGACUGGCUGCGGAAGAUGUACGCAGAGGGAGGCUUCAACUUCGCUAAUGCCGGCGGCGACGCCACCGGUGCCGCCUCCGCUGCCUCCUCCGAUCCCGACGCUGCCGCCUCCGGUUCCUUAACCCCACACGGCAUGCUGGGCUUCGACUUAGAUGAGCUGGACGAGGGGCAAUUGGACCAGAAGGCAGAGGAACUGCUCGCCUGGAGCCAGCACCUGGACUACGGCUCCUACUUUGACGACUGGACCAGCCUGGCGUGCACGUUGGCUUCGGAGGCGUUCGUGCCCGAGGAGGAGGCGCCCUUCCUGGAGGAGAUUCCCGGGCCGCAUGGGAGCCUGGCGGCGGUGCUGGCGGCGGCGGGGGUGCCGCAGGAGCCGUUCAAGGCGGGGGCAACACCUGCCAGUGGCUCGGUGGUGGCGCUCAGGUCGUGAAGGGGGUAAAAGAUAUGCCAGAACCACAGGUUAGGGCAAAGCAAUUGGGGGAAUCGUGAAGUUUGGGGAAAAGGGUUGCGGGAUGUGCAUGUAGGUCCUUGUGGGUUAAGGGGCUUAAGGCACAGGAUGGCGUGCAAGCAGGUAGCUGUUCUGUGCAUGUCGAUUUGUGGCGUAAGUGGUUAUAAAUUCAAAAAAUCGUGGCGAGGGUUGGAAAGGUAUUAGGGGUACCGGUAUAGGGGAGGAAAGGGCCCCCGCAGACACAUCGCGAGCUGCUCGUGACCUUCAAAAUCGUCGUGCUGCAUGCCGGCUCAUUAAAUACAUGUUAUAGGACGCCACACAUUGCACGUUUCUGUGUUGCAGCUUGCAGGUGUUUGGUGUCCUUGGUUCAGCUUAGCUAGGGGUCCUCUUAGGUUCGCGGCCAUGCAGGUGCUCUAGGAUACAGUUCAGUUGUUAGAGACUGACUAAUACUUUAUUUAUCGCCCUGACGUGAUACGGCAUGGCAGUGCGCAUUCCGAAGUGCAUGGGGGCUGGGGCGGCUGCGUACCAACCCCCAUCAGCCCGAUCUGAUAUGGGUGAAAGGCGUGAUAGCGGUAGAGCCACGCAGCAGGUGUCACUCGGGGAUGCGCAUGGAAGGCUGCAGUGUGAGGGCAGUACGGGCAGGCGUCUGUGCCCCUGCCCCACGUGUGAGAGGCGUGAUAGGGUUGCCCUGGCAGCCCAGUGACUAUUUGCGUCAGGCUUCAUUGCCGUCUUUAUGUUUGGGAUGUUUCUGGUGCUGUUGUAUUGGGUGAUUCGGAUCAUGUGGUCGCAUGGGGCGUUGCCGUACCCUAUGUAUCGGGAUUAUACACAUAAGGUUUCGCAUCGGGUCUCCGCAGCAAGCAUUACACUCAGCCAGGGUAACCCCCUGCGCACGAUGUGCCCAAUUGGGUCAGUACGUCCUUCCGGUGGUGAGAAAACUGCUGUCAUGGUCAUACUCCUCUCGACAUUCGAGCAGUGCCUCAGUCGCAAUCCCAACUUCGCCGGUGCUCCUUCUUGCCCCAGCCAUUAAGGACACGCAUGCACACCAACUUUCCCAUUACCAACACGCCCCCAUACGGCACCUACUCCACCGAUGGAACACGCCUGUCUGCCCGCAACUCGCGUCGCACCAGCUGCCCCCCUCUU